UGAAUCGAUUGAUCUAGUUACUUUGUUGUUUUUUCUAUUAUCAAACACGGUAAAUCGUAAAACGUUAUGUCUCCAUCACCAGCAGUUACACGAGCAAACACAGGGCUGAAAUCCGAAAACGAUAAGGCCACCUCUGUUGCGCAGUCGCCGGCAGCAAAGCAGCCUAAACAGAAAAAGAUUCUACAACAACAACAACAGAGAGGGAAUGCUGCCCGGCCUCAUAGCUCUCCGUCUUGCUCAACAGCUGACUGCUCUGCUGUCUCCUUAGCAACCGAACAACAACUUGCGGCGGCUCUCGAAAAACUGUUGACGAGCGACGCCUUCGUUGAUCGACUAGCUGCACGCCUCUCGGAGACUGUCAGCGCUCGAGUCUUGGAGGAUCUUGGGGGCCGUCUGCAGGUGGCUGAGAACAGGCUGGUCGAUCUUAAUGGCGAGAUGGACGCCCUUCGCGCCGAGCUUGCUCAACUCAAGGAGAGCUCAGACAUGCGACUGGACGGUUUGGCUCAAUAUUCCCGGCGAAAUAAUAUCCGCAUCACUGGUGUUCCUGAGGCGAGUGACGAGGAUGUGACAGCGACCACGGUGCAACUACUCAGCGACAAGCUGGGCGUUCCGAUCCAGCCGGCUGACAUCGACAGAUGCCACCGCGUCGGUCGCCUCGCUCAACCGCGUGACAACCAAGAGCCGAGACCUCGGCAGAUUCUCGUCAAGUUUAUCAGUUAUCAAAAGCGAAGUUCUAUAAUAUCGAAUAGGCGUCAGUUGAGUGGUACCGGUUUCUCAGUGCAAGAAGAUCUCACGCGUAAGCGUCACUUGUUUUUCCGGGAAAUGUGUGGAAGAGUGGGUUUCAAGAACGUCUGGAGUCGUGAUGGGCGUGUUUUUUGGAGAGACAACAACAGAGUCUUCUCUGAGUUCUCUAAUGGCCCUAAUAAUAAUGCGAAUUCGGAUCAGCUCGGUGAUAGUCAUAUGUAAGGUACCGUACGUAGUUUCAUUGCCUACCAAGCACUGAUAAUUAUUACUUGACAGGAAAAUUUCCUGAUCUCUGGAAAUGCUCCAUGGUGAAACCCAUUCCUAAAUCGACUAAUCCAAUCGCUCCUGCAGACUGCAGGCCCAUCCAUAUUCUGUGUUCCAUAUCUAAGGCACUGGAGAGAAUUGUGCAUGCUCAGGUAAGUCAAUAUCUUUCAAGUUUUGACUUCUUUUCGAAUUUCCAGUCUGGCUUCCGCCCAAAUCAUAGCACAUGUACUGCUCUCUUGCGCAUAACAGAUGACAUACGUGCAGCUAUGGAUAAAAGAUUACUCACGUUACUUAUUCAGUUCGACUUGAGCAAGGCAUUUGAUAAUGUUUCUCAUGCCUUGCUAAUUCAUAAGCUGAAGUAUCAUUGCCACUUCUCCGAUUCUGCAGUAGCAUGGUUCUCCUCAUAUUUGUCCAACAGAUUUCAGGCAGUAUUUGGUAGCUGUGGUGAUUCCUCUAAUUGGAGACCAGUUUUGAGAGGUGUUCCUCAGGGCUCUGUGUUGGGACCCCUUCUCUUCUCUGUUUUCAUCAAUAAUGUUUCCUCUGUUUUCUCAAACUGUUCUUAUCACCUAUUUGCUGAUGAUCUUAUGAUCUACGCUCACUGUUCAAAAGAAAGAAUUUCAGAAGCAGUUCAGUCCAUGAACCAGAAUAUUGAGUCACUCCUGCAGUGGACUGAUGCCCAUCAGCUGAUCCUCAAUGCACAAAAGACGAAAAGCAUCAUUCUUGGCUUCCCAACUCUUCUGAGCAGAUUUGAUCAGGAAAGACUCCCGGCUAUCACUGUUGCAGGAAAUGUUGUUCCCUACCUGAAGAGUGUGCGAACUCUUGGACUGUAUCUAGACCAGAGUCUUAGCUGGAAGGAGCAGACCACUCAUGUAUGUAACAGAGUGUUUGCAGGCAUGCACCAGCUCAAACGUCUGAAACAUUUCCUGCCUCAAAGC